GAAAAUCUYGAUGCUGUACAGACUUCGUGUAUCUGGAUGAUUUAUUCUAAGAUUAAGAUAGGUACAAAUUGGACUCCCUGUGUAAGACGUAUUGUUUGCUCCUUUUCCAAGAAGUGAAAGAACAKACGGUUCGGUAGGGAAAGAACGCGAUGGAGGUUUUAAAUCACGAAAGGGCUAAAAGAUACAUUCAAAGCCAAGACGAUUUUUGUAAAAGUACUAGUUUCAACAAGAUAAGGCCAUUCUUCGAUGGAGAAUCGUUAAGUAAGAGAAUGGACCAAGUCAGAGAUGGAAUAAUCUUCAUCCGAGAAAACUGGAGUCGUUACAAUGAUUUCGUAGAACUGGUCCACAAAUAUAUCUCCGAAAAUGUCGAAGAUAUUGAGGCAAAGACCAUGAUGGAAAAACUUCUGGAGASAAAAAAAGAUUGGGCACAAUCCAGUGAGGAUGUCGACAUGGAUUUUGGAGCAGUUCGAUUGUACACCUCGGCAAAAGGUUACGAUGAAAUCUUUUCGUUAAUCAACCGUGUCUUCAGAGAUGUUGGCUCYACCGCUGAUCAAAAUCUGAUUAUAACAGCAGUAUUUGUUGUUGAGCUGAUAAACAUUGACCUGUUUAAUUACUGUUUAACUAAUGACAGAUUUGCCAACUUUACUGGGGUCGUAUAUCGCGGAAUGGCGAUCAAGGAAGACGAUAUGGAAGCUUUCGAGGUUUUGCGAAGUAAAGACAUUCCAAAUCGCUACAUUGCUACUCCACUCAGCCUCUUAUCGACAAGCGUGAGUCUCUCAGAAGCAAAGAAAUUCAUCGAAAGAGAAAUGGAAUUUCGCGUCGACAGUAAACCGAUUUUAAUGACAAUCCACGUCAUAGAGCUAGAAAGUAAAUACCUGGAAUACUACAAGAAGAGAUUUCCGUCCAGUGUGGUGAGCACUAUAUGUGCGGUAGACAUCCAAGGCCUCUCUCAUUUCUCCACGGAGAAGGAAGUGCUUCUUAGGGGCCCUUUUUUCCAGGUACUUGAUUUCUAUGACGGGGAUAUCAUCAAGAACCAAACGUGUAAAGUUUUGGAAAUGGUUAUGUUGAAUACCAAUCGGGAUCACAUUAGUACCAUGCAGCUUGGCCAGGACAGUACGCCGGCUCGACAGCUUUUUGGUAACAUGGUGGCAGCAAGUAGAUGCAAGUUUGCCAUAAGAUACUACGAAGAGAAAGGACAAGAUAGCCAUGCAGAAGAUUACAAAAAACUGCUGAAAGAAAAACUAAAUAAACUGGAAGAACUUAUGAAAGUGUAAAAUCAUAAGAACGCCAAAACUUUAUCUACGACAAGUGGUGCACUAUUUGUAAACUUUUUUUAUCAUAUAAUUAUCUAUGAAAUACCUAUAUUUCUCCGUUACGUAAAAU